CGGCGGCCCCGGAAGCGCGCGGCGGCUCCGCCCCGUUGCCUGCGCGGCGGCGGCGGAGCGCGGGCGGGUGCGGGCGCGGCAUGGCGGCGCCGCGGGCGGGCCCCGGCCGGGGAGCAGCUUCAGAUGAUAUGGGAAAGAAACAAGUGUGCCCCCCUCGUGCCCUCCCUCCAGUGCCAAGUGGAAGCCAAGAUGAGAUUCCACUCAGUCGUCCAAAAAAAAGGAAGCCCAAAGGAAAGACUCCAUUAGAUGGUAUUGUGCAAGCAGCUGUUCGGCGGCAGUCUGAAAGCAGUGAGCCCCUAACCCCUGAACCUCAUGAUGUCCCUCCUCAGAGGAAACGCAAGAAGAAGAAAGUACCUCCUGAUUCUGAGACCUCUUUUACCCAGCAGAAUGUUGCAUCCUUAUUUCAGAAUGGAAAUAGCAUGGAUGUCCCGGAAGCUGAAGAAACAGUGAUCCGCAAACAGAGAAAAAGAACUAAGAAACCUCGGCCAGCAGAAAUGCAGUGUUCCAAUGAGCUAGAAGUGGAGGAGGAAGACAUCAUUGAAGAUGAGCACAGAAAGAGCCCAGAUCAGCAGCCUGUGUUUGCUGCUCCUACUGGGAUUAGCCAGCCUGUUAGCAAGGUGUUUGUUGAAAAAAAUCGGCGUUUCCAGGCAGCUGAUCGUGCAGAAUUGAUUAAAACCACCGAAAAUAUUAACGUACUUAUGGAUGUGAAGGCUUCAUGGACCACCAGAGAUGUUGCCCUCUCAGUGCACCGAAGUUUCAGGGUGAUUGGACUCUUUACCCAUGGCUUCCUUGCUGGGUGUGCUGUAUGGAACAUCAUUAUUAUCUACGUUUUGGCGGGAAAUCAGCUUUCCACGGUUUCUAACCUCCUCCAGCAGUAUAAGACACUAGCAUACCCAGCUCAGAGUUUGUUCUAUUUGUUGCUGUCUAUCAGCACUGUCUCAGCCUUCGACAGGAUUGAUCUGGCAAAAGCAUCCAUUGCACUGAGGGGCUUUCUUACCCUAGACCCAGCAGCAAUAGCCUCUUUCUUGUACUUUGCUGCUCUUAUCUUAUCCUUGAGCCAGCAGAUGACAUGUGACAGAAUUAACCUCUACACCCCACCUUCAGAAAAUGGCAGCAUCUGGAUGGCAGGUACAGAGGAAGAAAUUCUUCAGCCAUGGAUUGUGGUGAAUUUGGUGGUGUCUAUUCUGGUUGGGACAAGUUGGAUUUUCCUGUCUUACCGACCAGAGCUAGACCACGGUGAAGAACUGAUGUUUCAUGCUGAAAUUGAGGAAUUUCCCCAGGGGGAUAUCUUACCCAAAGUCCAGCCAUAGUGUGGAACAAACAUCUUCAAAUACUGUAGCUGUGACCGAUGGCUCAACAUUUUCUUUGUUUUGUAGCCAUAUAUUUUACCUUUCAUAAAGCAAAAAUUGUAUUUUUGUAUUGUAUAUAUUUGGUUUUGUUUGAUCUUUUAUGUAUGCUAUUUUUUAAAUUUCCAAAGAUGACUGAGAACUUUUAUACUUCUGCUUUUUGUUUUAUAAAGUAAAUUAUCUCUAGUGCAUAAAGUCAAGCUGGUUAUGUAAACACUGCUGCCUAGAUAGCCAAAAAAAAUAGAUGGAUGCAGAAGAUCAGGUAUUCAGUGUUUUUAGCCAACUCUACGUUCUUCAACAACCUGCACUUUGUUAUUGAUGCUGAUAUCAGCUCAUACAAUUAGGUUGUCUGACUUGGCUAAAUAUUUUCUAGAGAUUAUAACAAAUCUCCUUAUGAAGAAAGCAGUUUAAGAAAGGUUAUCACAAAACACAAAGUUAGCAUGUAAUAAACAUUUCAAAGUUAAGCAUAAAACAAUUUUAGUUGUCAUAAAAAAUAUUUUUCUAGAGUAUGGGGCUGGAUUGUCAAGGACUUGGUUUGAUAAUUCCUUAAAAGAGGACGCUUUUCUUUUUCGUAUCUGUUUAGCUCUCUUGACAAAGGUACUGAUGAUACCAAGCUCUUGUAAGAUGGUGUAGAUGCAAGAAACAGAAGUUUUAACGUUGCAGCAGUUUGGCCAGCUAUUGAAUACCUAAAAUGUCCUUUAAUCAAGUGGGGCUUUUUGGGUUGCCAGUAGAAAAUAUGUCAUGUAACUACUUGGUAGUCAGGAUGUGCAACUGUUACAAGGCCAGUCACAGGAAUAGUGUUCUAAUUUCUAUUUAUCUUGUGUGGUAUGGUAAGAGUAAUAGCCUUACUCAUUGCUCUUUCUAGAGAAACUUGGGAUUCACAGAUGUUACUUCAACCUAUUUUGAUGGAGAAUGAUUUCUUCCAAAAUUAUGUUUGUGGCUUUGUGUUAGGAAUGAAACAGGAAAUUUCUUCCUAAAAUUAUAAGAAAAUGCUUAUUAAAGCAAAAUAAAAACCCUACAGCAACCUACCUUCUAUGUAGUGACAUUCUAGUAGUAGUGGCAGUUCAUUGUUUUUGAUGACAGCCAAGAUUUUUUUCCUCUAUAUUUCAGCAGCAAAUACAGAUGUCUGCCAGGACAAGGCAACGUCCUAAGCAGACGUAGGCAAGAAUUAGUUUAAAAUCCAUUUCUCAAGAAAUAUCCCCUAAAGUAUACAUCCUAUUUGUGUAUUUAAUAUGUAUUGAUUUUACACUGUUAUAUUUAAUACAUGUGUCUAAGUGGGUUUGUGAAGGCGUGCAGUUCGCUGGAGAACUGCAAUUUGUAGUGGUGAAGAUGAGAGUAGCCAGAUGGUAAAGGGCCAGUAACUUUUUAUGCUGUUACCUCUGUUGCUUUAGAGUAAGAAUGAAAAGAUGAGUAAUGAGGGCUCUUGCUGCCCUGUAGAACACUGUUAUCCUCAUCCAGCACAUGUAGGAAACUCUAAAUUUCAGUGUUCCUGAUGUUUUUAGAACGCUGUGAGUAAUCUUGAAUAAGAUGGUUCCACCAAAAUUAAAAGGACAUGUUCCAUUGCUGUUGGCCAUAUUCUAGAGCAUUUACUUCAUCGUGGGAAAAAGAUGUUAACUUUUUAUGCAAAUUGUUAUGGCCCUUGUGUAUGUAUUUUUGAAUGAUUGAAGAGCUAAAUUAUGCCUUGCACUGCACUAUACACUAAAAUGGAGAGCGUUAGGGUGGCACCCCUCUUCAGUGUGACAUUGGAGGGGCUUUUGUCUCGAUUUGGAGGAGGAGAUGGGGGAAGAGGCACUACUUAGUGUUUCCUUGUAGGUUUCCACCCCAGGGGAGAUGAGCAUAGGACUGUCUUCACAGGUGGUGUGUUUGAUUUGCAGAAUCGCUGCGUUCCUGAAGGUAAGAUUAAUGCUGGCUUCUAGGUCUGUGUGCUGUUUGACGUUCCUGUCAAGUUGGGCUUGAUAAGAAGUGUAAUUUUGCCCAUAAAGAGGAAGUAUGGAGCUCAGCGCUCAACAGUCCUAAGACGUCAGAUCAGUACAGGAAAAACUUGAAUAACUUAACUGCUUGAUUUAAUUUCUGCCAUUGUUGCUAGGAAUGGGCCUUCUAAGUGUCCGUUUGACAGAGCACACGCUAGCCCAGAGCCAGAUACGUUCUCGUUCUGAGGUAUGGGGUUGGCUUAAAUGAAUGAGCAGGGGUUAAGUUAAUGAUCUUAAUGUGGUAUUUCAAACUAGGCUUGCCUUUCUGGUUUAUAUUUUGGGGAAGGUCUGGAUAUAUUCAUAUUUGAAUUAACAAGGUUUGAAAUUUGUAAUGUAAAAUCACAUAAAAGUAAACAAUUUGGCUAAUUACAUUUUUUACAAAGUACUUUUCAUUCCUUUAAGCCUCACAGAGGACCUUGAGUUCAGUUGAGGGCUUUUUUGUUUAGCUACUUGGAAAGUUUAUAACUUCGUAAAGUUUACAAAAUAGAUAUUUAAUUAAACAAUAUGCAGUAUCUGUGGAAGCCUUAACUGAAAUGCUUUUGUGCAUUUCUAUACCGUUGUUUUUAAUGCAGUAUUUUUGUGUUUAAUGAAAAAUAUUACCUGGAAGUUAGUGCCAAUUUCUCAUUUUUAAGUAUAUAAAACACUGAAACUGAUCUAUACUGCUGUUAAAACUCACUGUACUACUUUGUACUGUUUCCAAAUAAUUGGCAUAUUUAAAAUGAA